UACCCGCGCAGUUUGAUUGGGAUUUGCAGACUAAUCAACAGACAGACAGAUGGAAACGUGCAGAAUUAAAUCAUGCCGUCGUUGAAUUUGUCGCACCUACAGAGUACAUGGUUCGACCACCUCAACCACCAGUAUAUUUGAUUGUUAUUGACGUUUCUUUCCCUGCUGUACAAUCUGGUGCCGUGGCCACUGCAGCAAAAACUAUUUUGGAGUCAUUGGAUCGUAUACCCAAUGAAGACAAGAGAACGAAAAUUGGAUUUAUUACCUUUGACACAUCGUUACACUUUUACAGUCUGAAUUCAAAUGCCUCAGAACCUCAAAUGUUAGUUGUCUCUGAUCUUGAGGAUGUAUUUCUCCCACAACCGGAUGAUUUGUUAGUAAAUCUCACAGAAGCUCGGAGUGUAAUUGAAUCACUGCUUAGUCGCCUUGGGGAUAUGUUCAAGGACACACAGACAGUCGGAAACUCUCUAGGAUCCGCUUUAUUGGCUGGUUUCAAACUGAUUUCUUCAAUCGGGGGUAAGAUUGUGGCGAUUUUAUCAAGUUUACCAAACAAUAAUCCCGGUGCACUGAAACCUCGAGAAGAUCCAAAGGCUUUGGGUACUGCAAAAGAAUCAUCUUUGCUUCAAUCUGCUGAUCCUUUUUACAAGAAAUUUGCAGUAGACUGUUCACGGUCGCAAGUUUGUGUAGACAUGUUCCUACUCGGUUCACAAUAUUCCGACGUUGCAACGCUAAGUUGUUGUCCACGUUACACGGGAGGAAAUACCUAUUUCUAUCCUGCAUUCAAUGCAGGAAGAUCAGAGGAUGCGCUUAAGUUUGCACAUGAAUUCGCAGAAUUCUUGGCUAGUCCUAUUGCAUUGGAGGCAGUAAUGCGUGUUCGGGCUUCAAAGGGUAUUCGGAUGACUUCAUUCCAUGGAAACUUCUUUGUUCGCCAAACGGAUUUGCUUGCUUUACCUAAUGUGCCGAGGGAUCAUUCAUAUACUAUCGAAGUUAGUAUAGAGGAAAAUAUAACGACUCCGACUGUGUGUUUCCAGACCGCCCUUUUGCACACAACAUGCUUCGGUGAACGUAGGAUUCGCGUAUUGACACUAGCAUUGCCAGUGACUAAUAACUUGAAUGAACUAUUUGCAUCAGCCGAUCAAUUAGCUAUAACGACCCUACUGGCAAAUAAAGCGGUAGAGCGAUCACUAUCUUCAAAAUUAGAAGAUGCCCGCGAUGCGCUGUCAAACAAAAUGGUGGACAUCUUAGGAGCUUACAAGUCGGGCGUCCUUGGUAGUCAAGUUGGAGCUUCGCCUCAACUACAAAUCUGUAAUAAUCUCAAGUUGCUUCCCUUAUUAUCUCUUGCGUUACUGAAGCAUGUUGGCCUUCGCGAGAGUUCACAAAUUCCAACAGACUUACGGUCAUACGCGAUGUGUUUAUUGACAACGAUGCCAUCGCAGCUAUUAAUUCCAUAUCUACAUCCACGGUUCUACUCCCUCCAUAAUAUGCCACAAGAAGUUGGGUUAUAUGGACCAGAAGGUAUUAUUAUGCCUCAGCCUAUGAAUCUGAGCAGUGAAAAAUUUGAGCGAAAUGGUGCAUAUCUGCUGGAAGAUGGUCAAAAUAUCUUUAUUUGGAUCGGCAGGCAAGUGUCUCCUCAACUAUGUGCGGACUUACUGAAUGCCAAUUCGUAUGAGGAAGUGCGUUCAGGCAAGGCCACUCUACCACAACUUGAUAAUCCAUUCUCACAACGGAUAAAUGCAAUUAUUGUAAAAGAGGAUGGCGACCAAUCACUGCGGCUAUGGUUUAUGUCGCACAUCAUAGAGGAUCGCACAGAUACGGUGAUGAGCUAUCAACAAUGGUUGGCAAAUUUGAAAGAUAAG